GCCGCACAUUUUCUACAGCUUCCGUGGCAAGGAUGCUGCCGGCCUGCUCUUUGCCCGGGUUAACUGCAAAAUCCGGGGUUGGAACUUGGAAGGAGGAGUUCUUCUUCUCGGAGUCAUCGGCGCCAUGGCCGUGCCCGGUGGAGUGGGGGGAGCCUUCCAGGUCCUCCGCCAUGGAUCCGGCCCUCACCGUCGAGGAGAAGGCCGUGGCGGAGAUCCUCAUGUGUGCUCGAGGGAGUUCUCUGAUUGAUCUGACCACCUAUCUCAGCAACCGCAACCUUGUCGCAGCCAAGAUCAUCGGGGCACCAUCACCGCCGCCAACUCCUCAAGCUCAAGUGGAGGACAUCCAGGCAGAGCAGGCAGCCACGGCCGCGGCCUCGCGCGCGUCGACAGGAAAGGUGACGGUUAAGGGCGAGCCGGACUGCAAGGUGCCUCCUUGUGCGCCGUCCCUUGGGAAGAAGAGGAAGCUGGAGGAGGGCCGUGGGGUCGACGGCGGGAGCUCGGCGUUGGACCUCUCUUGCCCGCCUGGCUUCUCCGCGCCCUGGAAGUCACCGCCCGUGACAGGCAAAGAUGGUGACCGGAAGGCGGCGAGGCUGCUGCUGCAGGGCACCGUCACGCCGUCGCGGGAGCGCGAGCUCGCCGCGUCCAAGCCCGCCGACGUCGUCGCCUCAAGCUACGUGUCGCUGCUCCAGGCGGCGAACGAGGUGUCAUUCUCGCUGGGCCACGCUCUGGAGCUGGAGGAGAAGCUGAGGGCGCGCGAGCGCGAGGCGGGCGGAGCUGCGGGAGGCGGACGCGCUGCGGGUGGAGCUGCGCGAGGCGAAGGACGAGCUGGCGGCGCGGGGGUCGAGCAGGGAGCACGCGCGCGCUCUGGCGGAGCGCGAGCGGCGGGGGCACGAGCGCGGCAUGGAGGACAUGAAGCGAGCCGUGCUUCGGCGCCACCCAGACCUCGACCUGGCGGGGCUCAUCGUGCCGCUCCAUGCUUCCCCGUAGGCGUGGCGGCGUCCACCGCCCGACGGUCGAAAUGCAUGUCUAAGAUUUCUUUCCUAUGGAGUGGCUGCUGCUAUCUGCAUUUCGCACUUCCGUUCAGCAGAGCCAUCUGCAUUUAGCACUUCCGUUCAUCAGAGAUCUUAUUAUGCGGUAUAACUUGUUAGAGAUAUUAUUCUCCGUGGAACA